UUGCUAUAUCUAUACCAAUUAAUAUUGACUAACAUAUUUUAUCGCUUACACAGGCAUAAUGAAUGGCGGAAGAUUGCAAAAAGGGAACGAAGGAAAAGAAUACGAAAAGAACUCGCAAAAAAACUAGACCCUAUUACUUACUUAACACCUGAAGAACAUGAGUUCUGGAUUAAAGAACAAGAAGCAAUACAGUUGCUUGAACUAGAAAAGAUUGCAAUUUUAAAUAAAGAGGAGAAUGACAAAUGGCAAAAAGCUGAGAAAGUAACAAUGGAAAAAUGGCAGAAACUUCAAGAAAAGAUUGAGCAUUUGCGUCAAAUGCAACUGCAAGAAGAGGCCAAACUGGAGUUGGAACGGGAAAUGGAACAAAAACAAAGAGAAGAAGAAGUACAAAGGUUAAAAGAAAUUGAGGAAGAAAAUAAAAGAAAACAGAAAGUAUUUCAGGAGAACUUAGAACAGUUUUUAAAAGGUGAUUCAAUGGAUCCACCUGAAGAGUUAUUAAUUUCCCGAGAAACAAGACCAAAUGCAGACAUAUGUCCUUUUUUUACCAAAACUGCAUGUUGUCGUUUUGGAGAUCAAUGUUCAAGAAACCAUCAAUAUCCUGGUAUAAGUAAAAUACUGUUAGCUACAAAUUUUUAUAUACAUUUUGGAUUAGAAAACUCCAAUUUCAGUGAAUAUGAUACCGACGUAAUGUUAGAGUAUGAAGAUAGUGAUACAUACAAAGAUUUCAAAGAUUUUUUUUUCGACGUACUACCCGAGUUCGAGAAAUUUGGUAAAGUGGUACAAUUUAAGGUUUGUAACAACUACGAAAAACAUCUGCGAGGAAACACUUACGUAGAAUUUUCUGACCUGCGAAGUGCGGUUGCCGCAUAUCAAGCUUUACAUUCACGUUGGUAUGGUGGAAGACAGUUAUCAUUACAAUUUUGUGAAAUUGGUUCUUGGAAGAAUGCAAUUUGUGGCCUACAAAUAAAAAAACGAUGCCCUAAAGGAAGAGCCUGCAACUUCUUACAUGUAUUUAGAAAUCCAAAUAAUUUGUUUUCUAUUUACAAUGGGAGUAACUACAGGCGACGAAGAACACCGCCCCGGUCGUGGAGAUGGUCGGAAUCCCCCGAAAGAGAUUCUCCGCCCAGAAGACAUUCUAGUUCAAGAAGUACGAAACCUACUAAAAGAGACCAUAGUCCUUUAAAAAAAAACAGUGUUCGUAUUACGUCACAUAGAAAAAAAUCAAGAAAAAAAGACUGA